AUGGGCGACGUCUACAGAGACUCUCGCACAUAUCGCGAGUGGGAGCGGGAUGGCCCCUCCUCAGAUGAUGAGCGUUAUCGCAAAACUACAAUCCGAAGAUACAAAGUCACACCCAGCCGAUCCUCCGAGUACGACGAUGGACGUUCCCAUGUUUCCCGCUACGCUGGCCGUCCUACCGGCGACUUUGUAGAACAGGACCGACGUUCUUAUGCCCCGGAUCGUCCUCACUCUGCCUUUGAACCCGCCCCUUCGCAAGCUAGCUUUCGUGAGGACCGUGGCCGAGACACAGCUCCUCGAUCCUUCAUCUACGAAAAGGAAAUCGAGCGAGAGACUUAUCCUCCUCCAGCCCCGCCGCCCAUGCCGAUGCCUGCGCCCUCUCAGGUAGGCGAUCGAAAUCGUGCGCCAGUUUACGCAGCAACCAAGGAAGUUGAACGUGAACGUGAAUGGGAUCGUCGAUCUCGCUUUGACGCUAUGUUUGACGACGAUGUCAAGGUUGAGAACCAAAUGGUGAAGACCGAGCGUCGAGACAACGGCGAGUAUCGCGUCGAAAAGCGGGUGGAGGAACAUAUUGACGACAGUCACGGCUGCGACGUUGAGCGAUACCGCAAGGAAACAGAGUACUACACCCCUUACGAUCCACCACCUCCCGUCAUCAUUCGACAGCGUGCACCCGAGCCGCAGAAGAUUAUUGUUCAAGAAGCGCCUGCUCCACCACCAGUCAUUGUUUCUCCUCGCCAACAACAACAGCCAGGUGUGGUUGUUAUCCGAGAAAAGGAACCUGAGAGACAGCAGAUCGUGGUCAGAAGAGAACAUCGACAUGAACACCGACACCACGAGCACCGCCCCCGUCCUCAGGACGAGGAGUAUUAUUAUCGUCAUGAACACUGGGAUUCCCGCGGAGAUCGACGAUACGCCGUUGAGCGAUAUGAUCGCAGAGGCCGUGAUCAUGGUCAUUACAGCGAUGAUGAAGAUUACUACAUGCGACGCAAAGUUGUUCGUCGCCGCGAGAGCAGCGAAGACUCUCACCAUAAGCGACAUUUGGCAGAGGGUGCUCUGGCCGGUGCUGGUGUCACAGCCCUUCUCAACAGCCGCCGCGACAGCUAUGGAGAGUUGCCUGAAAACCGUGGCCGUAAGGUCAUUGCUGGAGCUGCUCUUGGAGCACUCGGUACUGAAGCACUGCGCAGAGCCAAGAGUGCUUACGAAGACCGUUGGCAUGAUGAUGAAUCACCCGAUCGCUCCUCUCGCUUCAAGCAGGGCCUUGGAAUCGCUGCUGUAGCUCUAGCUGCUGCCGGAGCCGCCAAAUAUUACCAGUCCAAUAAGAUUGAGAAGGAAGAGGCGAUCCGGGGCAGGAGCCGCGGUCGUCGUGGUUAUCACUCGGAUGAUUACUCGCGCUCUCGUUCGCGUUCCUCGCGUUCCAUCAUCCGAAGAACCACAACUACGACCAAGAGCACAAGCCGUGGCAGCCGCCGUCGCAGUUUGUCGACCGCAGCCAAGGCUGCUUUGGGAACUGUUGCUGCUGCAGGUGUUGCGAAGCAUCUGCGCAACAGGUCCAAGUCUCGAGGUCGUAGCAGCAGUAGGUCAAGCAGCUCGCGCAGCCGCAGCCGAAGCCGUAGCCGAAGCCGAUCAAGGAGCCGCAGCAAGUCUAAACUUCGCCGCGGUGCUGAGAUCGCAGGUGCGGCUGUAGCAGCAAAGGCAGCACACCAUGUUUGGAAGAAGCGUCAGGAGAAGAAGGAUGGUAGUGAUAACAGCAGCGAUGAUGAAUACUACCGGCGAGGCCCAUCUAGGAGUCGAAGUCGGAGCAGGUCCAAGGCCAGAUCCAUUCGUUCAGAGCGCGGGACUGAUCCUGAGCUAGGCCCCGUAGUUGAAUACGGUAACGAUCCCCUCAAGCCCGCCACGACAUCGCGGGGCUACGAAUCCGAAGCAGAGGCAAGGCGCGAACGCCAAAGACGACGUGGCCGUGGCCGCAGCCGCUCUGUGUCGUCUGUCGGCUCCGAUCGCGACCGUAAACGCAGUAGAAGUCGACUUGGAGCCGCAGCGGCCGCAGGAGCUGCAGCCCUUGGCAUCAAAGAAUACAAGGAAAGGAAGGACAGAGACAAGAGAGAACAGCGUUCUAGGGAACGUCGACUUGAGUUAGAAAGGGAACGUGAAAGAGAGGAUGAGCGAGACCGUCGUGGUCGAGCUACCAGAUCUCCUUCCCGAACCCGAUCUCGAAGUCGUUCUAGGAAACGCUACGAUGACUAUGAUGACCGACCCCCACGCUCACCACCCAUGGCAUCUGGUGGUGCAGGUUUCCCACCCUACCCUGUGGAUCCUACUCCUUCGGCUGCAGCCUCUUAUACCAACAUACCGGAUCAUAAUCGUGAAUAUCAACCAUAUGUUCCUCAGGAUUAUACGGGCUAUCCUCCUCCGCCUCCUGGCCCCCCUCGUGGGCUGUCAACUGGACCUCCUCCGCCAGGACCUCCUGGGCCACCACCGCCACCUGGACCUCCGGGACCUCCACCAUCCGGUGGCCCAAGACCGCCUGACAAUGUGAGUAAUCCUGUCCGCAACCUGGGCUCAAGAGGCCUAGAUGAGGCUAUACUAGAUUCGUCCGAUGACGAGCAUCCAGCCAAAUCUGUGGUCUUUGGUCCAAUGUCGCCCAUGAGCUCGAUGACAAUGAAACUACAUCGUGCUAAAGCAAAGGCCAAGGAGGAGAAAGAGAAAAAGGAGCAAGAAGCUCACGAUAUGCUUCAAGGACUUGUAACCACCAAACCACGUUCGAAGCAGCGAGAUACUUCUGAUUCGGAUGAUGAAUCCUACUUCAAUCCGAGACGGCGACAUCGAGGAGAUGACUCUAGCUCAGAUGAAGCUGUCGAGGACUUGCCUGAUCGUUUUGACAAACAAGGCAAGCCACUGGAUGAGCGAUCCACCAGAAGCCGCGGGUGGACAAGCAGAAGAGGGGACUUUGAAUACAAACCCAAGCGUCGGAAAGACAUUGACAUCAAGGGUGCAUGGCAAGUAGCAGGAACAGACGGCGAAGCUGUGGAACAGCUCGUUCGUGGUGUGACUGGAGCACUGGAAGGCAAAGGUGGAUGGCUUGGUAUUCUUGGAAAUGUUCUUGGUGGAUUGCAGCAGCCGGAUCAACGAGAGGCUAUUGAUGAUGGACGUUCUGACGAAAGGAGGCGCCGAAGGAGGCAUCGGGACUAA